CAUUGCAUCAUGCCGUUGCAUUAUCGCAAAAGAGGCAGUACCACAUUCAGUGCAGCGUCAAUCUCCCUUUGCAUUGCCCCCUGCCUUGGUGGUGUACGUACACUAGCUGGUCGGUUGAGAGUGCUAUACAUCACACAGGUCAUCUAUAGGCGGAUGAGCAGCUGUACCUCUGUAAAGCCUCUCGGGUGAUGAUAUACAGAGUCUGCAGGGAGAGAAUUUUUUCGAUGAGGAAAACAUUGUCUAUCAAAACAUCACAUGGGGUCAACGCGAUCGCUUCCUGCAUCGCGCCACAACUACCGUUUUGCGCGUUUCGGUUUUGCCGCUUGGAUUUUAUAGAAUUAUAUCGUUAAGAUUUCCGUUCUUCGCACGCCGCCGAUGUCACAUAUUUUAUUGCGAUGAUAAGCAAAGUUAAAAAUGCCAUGUCCUCACUGGUGGGCGGAAUAAUCCCGCACGGCCACCACCAUCAUCUGCAACAGCACGGAUCCGCGCAGAACGGCGGCACGGACGGGCUGCCACCGCGAUUCCCGUACAGCCGACCCGAGUUCCUGGACCUGACACCGGAGCUGCUGCAGUACUCCACCGAACACGCGUCCAGACCGGUCAUCACGCUCAAGAGAGACAGCAGGCUUCCGUGGCGAACGGGAUACGCGGAGGUGAUAAAUGCAGGGAAGAGCAUGUUGAAUGAAGACCAGGCAUCCUGUGAGCUGCUGUAUGUGAGGAAGAUCAGCAGUAAACAGCAACGCUGCUCCAUGUUACUGGAGGACAGUGGGGACACUGCAGGUAUUCCCAUGCACUUCUGGGGUGUUUUUGAUGGACAUGCAGGCUCUGGAGCUGCACUCAUGGCAUCCAAACUUCUCCAACGUAUCAUCCGUGAUCGGCUUUGCGAUGUCGCCCAUCUCCUUGAAAAUCAGAACAGUCCACCGCCCAUCUGCCUGGCCAAGAAUGGGAGCCCCUUCCAAACUGAGGCCAAAAAAGGGGCCUGCCUGGAUGGAGAGGAGCAGGAUGGGCUCCCAGAUGAGCCACGGUUCCACAUGGAGAAAGACAUUAGUGUGGAGAGCCUGGUGAUGGGUAUCAUAGAGACUGCAUUUAGACAGAUGGAUGACCUCAUAGAGAGAGAGAAAGAAUCUUACAGCAUUUCUGGUGGCUGUUGUGCCUUGGUUGCAAUACACUUGUUGGGAAAGCUCUAUGUAGCAAAUGCCGGAGACAGCAGAGCCAUAAUUGUCAAAAAAAAUGAGGUCGUCCCCAUGUCCAAUGAGUUCACACCUGAAAGUGAAAGACAAAGGUUACAGCAUCUGGGCUUCCUUAAACCAGAGCUGCUCGGGAAUGAGUUUACACAUAUUGAGUUCCCCAGACGCAUCCAACACAAGGAGCUCGGCAAGAAGAUGCUCUUCAGAGACCACACAAUGACUGGCUGGGCGUAUAAGACAAUUGUAGAGGACGAUCUCAAAUUCCCACUGAUUUAUGGGGAAGGGAAGAAGGCCCGGGUCAUGGCCACUAUUGGCGUAACACGUGGUUUGGGCGAUCACGACCUGAAAGUGUACAACUCAAACAUUCAUAUCAAACCAUUCCUAUCAUGCUGCCCAGAGGUAAAGGUGUAUAACAUCUCUGAGCACAAACAUGGGCCUGAUGAUGUCCUGAUCAUGGGUAGUGAUGGACUAUGGGAUGUCACAACUGAUAGAGAUGUUGCAGAUGCAGUAACAACUUUCCUAUCUGGCCGUGAACCCAACGAGCCCCUGAGGUACACCCUUGCAGCACAAGAUCUCCUAAUGCGUUCACGUGGAGUUCUGAAGGAGCGAGGAUGGCGCUUGCCCAAUGAAAGACUUGGCUCUGGUGAUGACAUCACAGUGUUUGUCAUUCCACUGGCUGGAGCGGAGUUAGAGACAUGACAAGGUGAGCCCACGUUCACUGGACAAGCACACCAGGACACGGCGAGAGAAAGGGCUUGGAAUCCAAGAAAUCAUUUUCAUUAGAUCACAUGGAUCGGAUAUGAGAGACCCAAUACCCCCUUCUCCGAGUUGUAUGCUUCACUCUGAAUAUUGUCAAGCCCAUGUCAGGUGUGGGAUGACAUCAUCAAGUGCCAUUCCUCCCCCUGCUCUCCACCUCUUUCUGAUUUGUCUACUAUAUACUCAGCAAGUCAGUACAGGACACGAGGGCUUGUAACAGAUGAGUAUUCUUUAAAAUUAUAGUUCACGCAAAAAUGAAAAUUCUGUCAUUUUUCACUCACUCUCAUGUUGUUCCAAAGCUGUAUCUUUCUUCUUUGGAAGAGAAAAGCAGAUGUUAGGUGGAAUUCAAGCCUCAGUCACCAUUUGCUUUCAUUCAUUCUCCUUUUGUGUUCCUUGUAAGAAAGAAAGUCAGGCAGGUUUGGAACAACAAUAGGGUGGGUAAAUGAUGACAGAAUUUUUAUUUUCGGCUGAACUGUCCCUUUAACAUCAGUGGGGCAUUUGAAAUCUGAAUCUCAGUGUGGCAAAGGAAUAAGCCAAUACUACUAAAAACCCUGAUGGCAAAGGAAAUAAAAAACAAAAGCACUUUAUAUCUAGCAGAAACCAUUUGAGCUGUAAUUUAAACUGCUGAUUAUUUCUGUCUCCAAAGACUGUUUCUGUUGACUGAAUUUAAGGUUUUCUAUAGCAAGACGCAAUCAACAAAACAAUGCAGGCUUUAGUUUUUCAGUCAGUUUAGCUGUUUUGGGUUCAAACAGGUCUUGAGAAUUAAAGUCAACAUGAAAUCAAAAUGGACCCUGUUUACUUUCUUAAAGGAAUAGUUCAUCCUAAAUAAAAAUUCUGUUAUUUGAAGAAUCUACUGCUUGCUCUGUUCCAUGCAAUUACAAAGAAUGGGGACUGGAGCUUUCAAGUAAUCAUAAAAAGUGAUCCAUAUGACUUGUGCGCUAUGUUCCAAGUCUUUUGAAGUCAUAUGAUAGCUUAGUGUGAGAAACAGACAGAUAAUGAAGUCAUUAUUCACUGAAAAACUUGACAGCUCUCCUUGGCACUUUCAUGAGAGAAGUAAUGAUGUCCGAUUCAUUCUUCUGAGUCAGAUAUUUCCAAUGAAUCUGUAAAUCGGAUUCACCAGCCUGAAUGAUUUGUUCAUGAAUAUAGUGUGCCGAUCAUACAGACAACUUUUUAUGAUGCUUAUGGGUCAUUCUAUAAUUGCGGAUAUAUUUCAUGUCCAUGGGAUAUUUAUUUAAUGCAUUUUCAUCAAUUUAUAGUACCAAUGCUUAUAUUCAUAGUACAUAAUUAUAUUUUUCCAAAUCACAUCAUUAUUUGUUGGAUAAGCCAUCUCUUUUGUUCAAAAAGGUGCAUAUGACAUAAAACCUUGGUAUUCAUCUGAGUUGGUCAUUCUACUUUGCAAAUGCAUGAAAAUGAGACCUUCAUACUUCUGAUUAUAUAUAGAUUAUCAAGACAUUUUAUGCACUACAAAAAGUACUACGUUUUUAUUGUGAUAUACGUAAUUUUGUGUCUGUCCGAAAAAACAAUGGUCAACUAAGUUAUCCAUCUGAAGAAAAAACAUCACUUCAAAAAGGAACAGUUUGUCCUAAUAUCAUAUGACUUGCACAAUAUUGUGUAAUUUCGUCAGGAAACACAAGGAUGAAGGACUUAAAGUUAUGUUCUUUCUCUUUUUUCCAAAUACUUGUUAAAAAGCCAAGCCUGGGCCAAGAGUGGAUUAAUUGACUGUCAACAGUGUUACUCAAGUAUUAUCGCUUUAAACCUUUACAAGAAAAAAUUACUACAAAUGAUUCAAUAUUAUUGAAAAUGCAUUUCCAAAGAUGCCAUGUGCUCAGUAGUUCUAGGUCCCCUAUGUUGAGAAAAGACUUGAAAUGUUAAAAAAUGUCAACAAUGUUACCUGUCAACAAUGUUUCUUAGUAAUGGUAAAAUAGUGGACAGUAUGUAACAUAGAUUACACUUUUAGCACAUUCUACAGAUAUUAAGAGUUGUUUAAAAAUGUUACAUUUAAAAAUAUACAAUUUGUAAAAUAACAUUUGAAGGAGUUAUUGAACAUUAGCUUAGAAGUCAUUUGGAACAUUUUAAAAUUAUGUUCAGCAAAAUAACUUUAAAACAAUGUUUAGAUGAAAUAAAUAAAAAUGAGCAUUGUCAUAAUUUUAACAUGUGAAAUAUUAUUGCUUGCUCAUUUUUUCAUAAUUGUUGCUUUUGGUGAGUGGUCACAUAAUCCAAUUUUUGGUUGCUAUGUUAAUUCUUGGUAUUUUCCAAAAGAGUACAAAAAUUACUUAAUUUGUUGACAAAUUAGGCUAGUAACAUCAUUCUUUUUAAGAAAAAUAUCCAAAAUGAGGCUACCCUGAGUUUGCCCAAUAGCAAAUAUAUUGAAUUUUAAAGUAGCUUUAUAAGAAGAUAUUUGGGUAUUGAGGGAAACUUUUACAUUUUUUUCUUCUCACUAUCAAAUGCCAAAUGUACUGCUAAUUAUAGAUUGACCCUUAUAUUUUAUGGUGCUUUUGCAACCUUUUUUUAAGCUUUAAAGCUCCAGUCACUAUAAUUUGUAAUGGGAAUGCAUGGAAAAGUGCAACCAGUACAAUCUUUAAAAAAUUAUCUUUUUAUGUCCCUGGGAAGAAUGAAAAUUCAUACAGGUUUGAAACAACAAGGGGGUGAGUAAAUGGUGACAAAAUUGUACCCAACGAUUGUGCAUGAUUAAUUUGUGCACAUCAAUUUGCCGAUUAAUAAAAUUGAGGUCCGCCCUACGUUCCUUUUUUUUUAUAUCCCCUUUCACUGCGACCUGGGUAGCUCAGCAAGUAAAAGACGCUGACUACCACACCUGAAGUUGCAAGUUCGAAUCCAGGGCGUACUGAGUGAAUCCAGUCAGGCUUCCUAAGCAACCAAUUGGCCUGGUUGCUAGGUUGGGUAGAGUCACAUUGGGUUAACCUCCUCGUGGUCGCUAUAAUGUGGUUCUCAGUCUCGGUGGGGCACGUGGUGAGUUGUUCGUGGAUGCCGCGGAGACUAGCGUGGGCCUCCACAUGCACUAGGUCUCUGCGGUAAUGCGCUCAACAAGCCGCGUCAUAAGAUGCGCCGAUUGAUGGUCUCAGAUGCAGAGGCAACUGAGAUUCGUCCUCCGCCACUCGGAUUGAGGCGAGUCACUAUGCCACCACGAGGACCUAGAUCACAUUGGGAAUUGGGCAUGCCAAAUUGGUGAGAAAAGGGGAGAAAAAAAAAAAAUAUCCCCUUUCACUAUAAAAUAUGUAACAUUUCGGAAGUGGGUUCUGAAUGCCAUUUCAUGUUUACUUUAAGCUCCUUAGAAAUAUAAACUAGUAUCAACCCUGCUUCUGUAGACGUAGUUGAACCAGGAUCAUUUUCCCUACACCCCUAAAAUCAUGUGCAAUGUACAGUAUAAAUGAUUAAAAAGACAGCAUUAUCUGGGUUUAAUUUCGGAUAAAACAUUGAUGGGUAUAGCAGGCGUUCUAUACCCAACUGAACUGAUUGCUUGCACUGCUGUAGAUUUAAUCAUAGUGGCUGAAUGACCAAUUUCUUUGCUGUAGAUAAAACCUUAUCUGGUCUCAAACCUUUUGUCAGUGAGGAAUCUAAAUUCCAACAACCAUUUAGAUCCAGACCUGAACCUGAGAAACCCGAACUUCGUUUCAUCAGUCAUUUUGGUCUUUUUGUACACCUUGAAUGUACUUUAUCUCCUUUACUUGAUGUCAGUGUUGUGACUGUGUAGUGUAUACUGGAUACAUAAUGAGUUCUGCCUUUCAAAUGAUGAUUAACUGUCAAAGGAUUACUCUUUGAAAAUUAUUAUGUGACUAAUUCUAAAUAAAUCUAUCCUUUUUACAAUGGCUCUUCUGUCAUUACUUUUG